CGGUAUAUAAGGCGCGGCCCCAUUGUUGUCGGCAGACGGCGGCGGGGCGGGCCGCGCGGCCGCGACCGGGCCGAGAAACGGAGACACGGGCCGCCCCCCGCCGAACCGGGACCGAACCGGGACCGAGGGGAGACGUCCCCGCUGACCCCAUGGAUGCCAUCGGCAGCGGCCGCCUCAAGAGGAAGUUUGAGGAUGCAGACGUGGGCUCCCCGGCGUCCAACUCCGACGAUGAGAUCUCCAACAGCGACAGCGCCGACAGCUGCGACAGCGUCAACCCUUCCAGCUCCAGCGGCUUCAUCCCCACCUCCAUCCUGAAGAGGCAGAAGCAGCUGCGCAGGAAGAACGUGCGCUUCGACCAGGUGACGGUGUAUUACUUCGCCCGGCGUCAGGGCUUCACCAGCGUGCCCAGCCAGGGCGGCAGCUCGCUGGGCAUGGCGCCGCGCCACAACUCGGUGCGCAGCUACACGCUGUGCGAGUUCGCGCAGGAGCAGGAGGUGAAUCACAGGGAGAUGCUGCGGGAGCACCUCAAGGAGGAGAAGCUGCACGCCAAGAAGAUGAAGCUCACCAAGAACGGCACCGUGGAGUCGGAGGAGGCGGAGGGGCUGACGCUGGAGGACAUCUCGGACGACGACAUCGACGUGGAGAACGUGGAGGUGGACGACUACUUCUUCCUGCAGCCGCUGCCCACCAAACAGCGGCGGGCGCUGCUCCGCGCGUCGGGCGUGCACCGUAUUGACGCCGAGGAGAAGCAGGAGCUGCGCGCCAUCCGGCUGUCGCGGGAGGAGUGCGGCUGUGACUGCCGCCUCUACUGCGACCCCGAGGCCUGCGCCUGCAGCCAGGCGGGCAUCAAGUGCCAGGUUGACCGCAUGUCCUUCCCCUGCGGCUGCUCGCGGGACGGCUGCGGGAACAUGGCCGGCCGCAUCGAGUUCAACCCCAUCCGCGUGCGGACUCACUACCUCCACACCAUCAUGAAGCUGGAGCUGGAGAACAAGCGGCAGGGGGCCAGACCCGGCGACGAGGAGCCGCAGGGGGGGGUCGCAGGGGGCGGCUCGUGGCAGCCCCCCGAGACUCAGGACUUCCAGGAGUUCAUGGCCGAGAACGAGUCGGCCGUGAUGCACCUGCAGAGCGCCGAGGAGCUGGAGAGGCUGAAGGCCGAGGAAGACUCGAGCGGCGGCUCCGGCGUCGAGAGCGUCGGCGUCUGCAUCGUGGAGGAGCCGCUGGUGCCGCCCGACGCGCUGUGCCCGGUCGUGGCCGCCCCGAUCCUCAUCCAGGCGCAGCUGCCGCCGGGAUCCUCCGUUCUCUGCUUCUCCGACGGCGCGGAGCCGCCCCCCGCCCCGCCGCCCUAUUUGGACGGUGCCCCGCUGCUCUACGUGCAGGUGGAGCCGCGCUCCGUGCUGGGCUCCAAGGCCGAGAGCGGCGCCGACGAGCGGCCCAAGGACACGGCGACCGGCCCCGCUGCCACGAGCGGCCGAGCCGCCCCCACGGGCAAAGAGGGGCCGGGCGGGGCGCGGGGCUGCGCUGCAUCCCCCGAACCCGCAACACGCAGCGGGGAGCGCGGCCCCGAGGAGCCGCAACAGCGGGUGUGAGACCCCCCCCCCCGUUAUUUAUUGACCAUGUUCCACGGCGCC